AUGUGGGAUGAAUUUGAUGCAAUUGUACCCCCACCUUCCUGCGUCUGUGAGAAAUCCAAAAGUUAUGUGGAUCACAUGCAGUAUUUGCGAUUGUUUGCCUUUUUAAUGGGUUUGAAUGAGACGUAUGGACAUGCACGUUGUCAGAUAUUAAUGAUGAUCCAUUUGCCAAGUGUUAGUAAGGCAUAUGCCAUGAUAAUGGCAGAUGAGAGUCAGAGAGUCACUUCGAGCAUGCGUACUGGUGGAGAUAUGAUUAAAGUUACAUCUCUAUAUGCAGGUAGAGGGAAUUAUUCUAGAAAUAAUCGUUUUGAAGGAGAUAAAAAUGAUUCAUCAGUGAAUACUGGGAGAGAUAAUUACAAUACCAAAAAGAAAGUGAACUGGAACCUAUUAUGUGAGCAUUGUAAGAUAUAUGGUCAUACUAAGAAAAACUGUUUCACACUAGUUGGUUAUCUUGAGGACUGGAAGUUUAAAAAGGGUGGACAAGGUGCAGAACCCAACUACAAUCAAUCUAGAGGAAUGAAUUCAGCAAAAGGAAAAUGUAUUGCUAACAAUGUGCAGGUUGAAAAAUGUGAUGAUGAGUCCAGAAGUGAUGUUUUUGGAGGAGUAAACACAGGAUCAAAACAUGAACAAGGUGCCUAUGAUUUCCAUUCCAUUCACACUAAUUUGCAGGCUUUUGCUGCUAGGCCUGACUACACUCCCAGUCAGUAUAAAAAAAUCAUGAAACUGUUGAAUGAAGAAGAGGAUGCUGGAGCUGUAGAUAUGGCAAACAUGACAGGUAUUUUUGAUGACAUAGUCCCAUGUUCAGUGUCUAAUAGAACAGGAGACUAUGUAGCUGUCAUGAGUACAAAUAAUGAUACACAUAAAAGAGGAAACAAAUGGAUAGUUGAUUCAGGGGCAACAUGUCAUAUGACAUCCAAUCUAGGUAAUUUGGAUCAUGUUAAUACAUCUGAUAAAAUUCUUGGUAGGAGAGCAUACUUACCUAAUGGUCAGACCACCUUAAUUACUCAUUCAUGCAGUUGUAGAGUGUUAGAAAAUGUAUUGGUAGUGCCUGAUUUUAAACAUGACUUGCUAUCAGUAUCUCAGCUAAAUAAGCAAUUGAAAUAUUAUGUAUGUUUCUUUCCUGAGUUUUGUGUUUUUCAGGACCUCUCCAAUGGAGAGGUGAAGGGGAUUGGUAAGGAAGUUGAUGGUUUAUACUACUUUUCAAAUCAUUUCUCCCAUGAUGGACCAGAUAAUGUUGGUGACAAAGUAAUGAUGACAAAGACUGGAGGUACAAAUGGCAUGGUUUGGCACAACAGGCUGGGUUAUCCCUUUGUUAAAGUCCUUAAACAGUUAUCUUUAGUAGAAAAGGAAUCUGAUGUUAGAAUGUCAUUGGUCAGUAAUCAGUUUAAAAGGCAAGUAAGUAGGAUAAGAUCCGACAAUGGAACUGAGUUCUUCAGUAAAGAAUGCAGUGUCCUUCUAUCUUCUUUGGGGAUUAUCCAUGAAAGCAGUUGUCCACACACUCCACAACAAAAUGGAGUAGUGGAAAGGAAAUAUAGACACAUACUUGAAGUGGCUAGAGCAUUAAGGUUUCAAGGGUCUAUCACUAUCAGGUUUUGGGGAGAGUCUGUUACAACAGCUGUGUAUUUGAUCAAUAUGAUGCUUACUGAGGUUUUGCAGGAACAGUCACCUUAUCAGGUCUUUCAUAGUACAAUGCCUAAACUUGAUCAUUUAAGGACAAUGGGUUGCCUAGGCUAUGCCACUACACUUGUUAAGGAGGAUAAGUUUUCUCCUAGGGCUAAUGAUUGUGUCAUGAUAUGCUAUGCAUCUACUCAGAAGGGGUACUUGUUAUACAACUUGAGUCUCAAGAAGUUUAUAGCAAGUAGAGAUGUGAUCUUCAAGGAGCAUGUGUUUCCUUUUAGUAAGUUACACGACAAGCACAUGCCACCUUUUGUCAGACAAGUGUUUAUUGAUGAUGAAUUGUUACCUGCAGUUACUGAGGUACAUGAUCUUAAUCCUGUUGUUUCUGAUGAUGGUCAUCAACAACCUGAUCAUGAUACAACAAUAGAAGAAGUGGAAUGA